AUGAGUCACGCAUUUGUCGCACUUCAACUUCGUGUUAGGAGCUUUUAUCUACCGCCUCGCAUGGUACUAGCUGCGGGACUGUUGGGUUACGGAUUAAAUACGCGUGAGGAAGAGCCCGCCCAGUGCGUCAUAGCCUUCCCUCUAGUGGACGUGGACGAGACGAUUACUUUUGAUCGGUUCCGUUUCCGUGCCUGUUCUGACCUGGAUACCUGUGCCCGCGUUCUGUGGACCAAUAACACACAUGCAAAAGCCCCCACCAUAGAUCUGCGCUUGACACCUCAGCUUAAGCAGCCUCAGCAUUAA